GGAGGGCGCCGGCCCCGCCCUCUCCACCUGGCCCCGGCGCGCGGCAGGAGGUUUAGCCAGCGCCGGAAGUAGCUCUUCAGACCCCGGGCAGGUGGGGUAGUGUGCAGGUACAGCCGACAUGGACGAGUCCCGGGAGUCGAUGCGGAUCCUGGUGACAGGGGGCUCUGGGCUGGUGGGCAGAGCCAUACAGAAGGUGGUAGCAGAUGGGGCCAGGCUGCCCGGAGAAGACUGGGUGUUUGUCUCCUCCAAGGAUGCCGAUCUCACGGACGCUGCACAGACCCGCGCCCUGUUUGAAAAGGUCCGGCCCACACAUGUCAUCCAUCUUGCUGCAAUGGUGGGGGGCCUAUUCCGGAAUAUCAAAUACAAUUUGGACUUCUGGAGGAAAAACAUACACAUCAACGACAACGUCCUGCAUUCGAGUUUCGAGGUGGGUGUUCACAAGGUGGUGUCCUGCCUGUCUACCUGCAUCUUCCCUGACAAGACCACCUACCCUAUCGAUGAGACCAUGAUCCACGACGGUCCGCCGCAUAGCAGCAAUUUCGGCUAUUCCUACGCCAAGAGGAUGAUCGAUGUGCAGAACAGGGCCUACUUCCAGCAGCAUGGCUGCACCUUCACUGCCGUCAUCCCUACCAACGUCUUUGGGCCCCACGACAACUUCAACAUUGAGGACGGUCACGUGCUUCCCGGCCUCAUCCACAAGGUGCACCUGGCCAAGAGCAACAGCUCAGCCCUGACGGUGUGGGGCACCGGGAAGCCUCGGAGGCAGUUCAUCUACUCACUGGACCUGGCCCGGCUUUUUAUCUGGGUGCUGCGGGAGUACAAUGAGGUGGAGCCCAUCAUCCUGUCAGUGGGCGAGGAGGAUGAGGUCUCCAUCCAGGAGGCGGCCGAGGCUGUGGUGGAGGCCAUGGACUUCCACGGCGAGGUCACGUUUGAUACGACGAAGUCAGACGGGCAGUUUAAGAAGACAGCCAGUAAUAGCAAGCUGCGGGCCUACCUGCCUGACUUCCAGUUCACGCCUUUCAAGCAGGCUGUGAAGGAGACCUGUGCCUGGUUCACAGACAACUACGAGCAGGCCCGGAAGUGAAGCAUGGUGAUGGGGCAGGCGCCGCUUUCUCCCAGGCCCCGGCGGCCACUUGGCUGGCAGAGCCCGGUGGCAACCACCCUCACCCUGCCAGGAGUCAAGGGCCCAGCCCAGCAACGGGCCCACGGUCCACCCCCUCCACCAGGGCGGCUCCAGCCAGCUGUCCAGCGGGGCCGCCACUCAUGUCCGUUCUCAGGGAAACCGAGGCCUGACCAAGCUUGGCACCUUGUUCGCCAGUUCCAGGGCCCAGGCCCUGAGCGUGUCCACUUCAGGUCUUGCUCUCCCACUCCCUGGGAGCCAAUAAAGUGCAUUCCUUUUUC